GAUGAGCCUGUGUGUAUAAAAUAGCAGGAGAGGAGACGCGCAUUUAUUGUUUUGAUAUUCUGAACUACAGUGAAGAUGUCUGGAAGAGGAAAGACCGGCGGUAAAGCCCGUGCUAAGGCAAAGACUCGCUCCUCCAGGGCCGGGCUGCAGUUUCCAGUCGGCCGUGUCCACAGGCUGCUGCGGAAGGGAAACUAUGCCGAGCGUGUCGGCGCUGGAGCCCCGGUCUAUCUGGCCGCUGUGCUCGAGUACCUGACUGCUGAAAUCCUGGAGCUGGCCGGGAACGCCGCCCGGGACAACAAGAAAACCCGAAUCAUCCCGCGUCACCUGCAGCUCGCUGUGCGCAACGACGAGGAGCUCAACAAGCUGAUGGGAGGCGUGACCAUCGCUCAGGGCGGAGUGCUGCCCAACAUCCAGGCCGUGCUGCUGCCCAAGAAAACCGAGAAGCCAGCCAAGAAGUAAAUCACUCGGACGCCGCUUUUAGAUCUUCUAAACCCCCAAAGGCUCUUUUCAGAGCCAACCACAUUUCCUAUAAAAGCGCAUCG